AUGUUGGCCACUGCACUCGCAUCGAGCGGACUUACACCUGCAAUAGAGCAGGACUUGUCACAAAUCCUCGUUAAUAAGUAUUUCUUCUUGGCCGCCCUGACAGUCGUGAUUUGGGACUAUCUUUGCACACUGCCAGACGAGAUUCAGACAAUAUGGAAAAGGAAUAAACGGCUGCCAACAUACAUCUUCCUCCUCCUCCGUUAUUAUGCCCUUUCGGCUAUGAUAGUUGUUGCCUACGGUAAGUGGUCCAUAGCGUCACACCUGCACGUCGAGAUCAAGCAUCCGGGUUAUAAUGAGGUCGUCCCUUUUAGGCUAUUUUUCUACGAGAAUGACUGGAGAAAGUUGUGCGAAAUGGAGCUACUUCCUCCCUUUGGGAUGCAAACUGUGAUUGGUUUUUGGAUCUGGACAUUCCCCGGUAGCGGGCCUGCCCCCGAUCCGAUCGAUAACACUGAGUUCCAUAUUUGUAUCUUUCUACCUCCGAAGCGAGCAGGGUCUCUGUCUCCUAUAUAUGUACUCUUCGAGCUAGGCUUCGAGACUCUUAUUUUUGUUCUCACCAUGGCGAGGACCUUCUACCUCUACAAGAUGUACCCUGUUGUUGGGUCCAGACGAAGUACUCUAACGCAGUGCUUGAUCCGGGAUGGGGCGCUGUAUUACUUCGCGAUAUUUUCUUUCAAUCUACUGUGGGCAGUCAUGAUUCUCCACGCGCCAACAGGACUGAGAGCUAUUGCCGCCGUACCGACAGCUGCGUUCUCGGCGACACUCAUCAGCAGAAUCACAUUUAACAUCCGUAUCGAAGUCAUGGGCCCCACAAACGUCUUCGAGCGCACGGAGAAUGGCAUACCGCUAGCCAACAUGCAAAGCGAUCGCAAGCCGACAACGCCCCGGGUCCUGAGCAAAUAUGAGAGUUCACGUUCUACGGAGUGGUUUCAGCCAGCCUAA